AUGGAAAAGUUCGUCGGACCAACUACGUCUCAACCGAGUGUCGGCCCGCAUACAGAAGUCGAUACAGAGACGUUUCAGAAAACUUUUGCCAACUCGCAAAACUCUGUUGUCCGUGCAGCUGUCGGAUCGCGAGUUGACAGUGCACGCAGCGGAUCACUGACAGACCCUCGCCAUUCACAUUCGGGCCGUUCUUCUGUCGGUAGCAGGUCACAUCCACACCCGUCCAAUUCACUUCCCCGUAGGACAUAA